CGUUGAGGCCUGGUGUCGGGGCAGGCUUGGAACGAGCUUGAGAGUCGCCUCGGACCCCGAAACCCUCGACACUUAAAUCGUCGCCGUCGUCGUCGUUUCUAGUUUCACUUCGUUUUGUUUUACCUCCAGCAUGGCCAUGCCCUCGCUGUCGAGCCAUGGGCCGCGGCCCGUGCCCAUUCAAUCGACGGCGGGAGCCGUGCCCGUGUACAACGAGAAGGGCGAGCUCUCCAUGGAGAAAGUGAAAGUGAAGCGCUACAUCUCGGGCAAACGGCCCGAUUAUGCUCCCAUGGAGUCGUCCGACGAAGAGGAGGGGGAGGACGACUUCAAGCUGCGGCGCCUCCCCAAGGAGGCGGAUCGCGAUGCGGAGCGAGACCCCCCGGCGCUGCUCUCCUCCUCCUCUUCCACCGCGGCCAACGACGCUCGACUCAAGCGGCUGCAGGCGCGAAAGCUGGAGGACGACGUGGAGGAGAGGCUGGCCCGGCACCGGCAGAUCGUCGAGCCGGAGGUGUUGGAAGAGGAGGAAGACGACGACGAUGACGACGAUGAUGAUGACGAUAGGAGAAUCCCUCUCGCCGACCGAGAGGACACAAGCGAGGAAGAGGAGGAGGAGAUUGAUGACGAGGAGAUCGAGCGGCGGCGCACCCUGAUGCGGGAGCGAGCCAAGGAGCGCGAGGAUGACGAGACGGAGCUGCUGGACGUCGAGGACGAGGCGAAGUCGGGCGGCGAGUCGGGCUCCGAGUCGGAGUACGAGGAGUACACGGACAGCGAGGAGGAGGCCGAACCGCUGCUGAAACCCGUCUUCAUCCGCAAGAAGGAGCGCCUCACUGUACAGGAGAAGGAGCUGCAGACCCAGAAGCAGAAGGAGCAGGAGGCAGAGAACAAGCGCGUGGUGGAGGAGCGGCGCAAAUACUCGCUCAAGAUUGUGGAGGAGGAGGCGCGGCGCGAGUUUGAGGAGAACCGGCGCACGCUGGCGGCGCUGGACACCAUCGACACAGACAACGAGAACGACGAGGAGGAGUACGAGACGUGGAAGGUCCGCGAGCUGAAGCGCGUCAAGCGGGACCGCGAGGAGCGCGAGGCCGCUGAGAAGGACAAGCUGGAGCUGGACCGCAUGCACACCAUGACGGAGGAGGAGCGGCGGGCGGAGCUGCGUGCCAACCCCAAGGUUAUCACCAAUCGCGUGUCCAAGGGCAAGUACAAGUUCCUGCAGAAGUACUACCACCGCGGAGCCUUCUUCAUGGACGAAGAGGAGAACGUGUACAAGCGAGACUUCACGGAGCCCACUCUUGAGGAUCACUUUGACAAGACCAUCCUCCCUAAAGUCAUGCAGGUCAAGAACUUUGGCCGUUCAGGCCGCACCAAGUACACUCACCUGGUGGACCAGGACACCACGGCCUUCGACUCGGCCUGGGCCCAGGACAACGCGCAGAACACCAAGUUCUACAAGCAGAAGGCAGCCGGCGUGCGUGACAUUUUCGAUCGGCCCGCCGUCAAGAAGCGCAAGACCGCGACGUGACGGCACGGCCGCUGUUGUUGACGCCGUCGGCUGCGAUCCCCUCGCCCCGUCGGAGCUCCCUUGUCCCACCACGGGUUACGAGAGAAUACACGCAAGUGUGUGCGUGUGUGGGUGUAUGUCUUUGUUGGUGUGCAUACGUGUGUGUGUCUUGUGUGUGGGGUGUGCGGUAGUGGCGUGGUUUGCACGUUGCAUUGUUCCGAACCUGUCUGUGUGUUAGCGAGUGUGUGCGUAAUGAGUGCACGCAAAUGUGUGCGUAUGUGUGUGUUCGUGAGUGUGUGUGUAUGCGUGCACGGACGUGUGUGCGAGUGUGUACGCAAGUGUGCAUAUGUGUGAGUGUGUGAACUGAACGUAUGCGCAUACGUCUGUGUACACGAGUGUGUGCGUACGUAUCUGUGUGUGUGUUAGCGAGUGUGCUUAUACGUGUGUGUUAGCGAGUGCGUGAGUAUACGUGUGUGUUAGCGACUGCGUGUGUUAGCGAGUGCGUGCGUAAGCGAGUGCAUGCGUAUACGUGUGUGUGUUAGCAAGUGCGUGCGAGUGCGUAUACGUGUGUGUGUUAGUGAGUGCGUGCGUAUACAAGUGUGUGCGUUAGCGAGUGCGUGCGUAUACGCGUGUGUGUUAGCGAGUGUGCGCUGUGUGGUACCACGAUCGCUUGCCCGAUGGCUCGUGGCAACUGCAACGUACGGCAAGUAGCAGAUGUCGGCCGUGUCUGUGUGACCUCGAUCUGGUCCUGCGUCCGUUAUCCUCGCCGCCACAAUUUGUUAUUAUACACAGCACAACGUCGCAAUAUCCACCCUGACCAAUUUUAUAUGUAUACAUGGGUGUGUGUCUACAUAUAUAUACACACACACGCGCACGAUACGUGUCUAUGUAUGUACGCUAUGGUUUGUAUGCGGUAACCCAUGGAGCAGGGGAAGCCGGGUGGUGGGCCGUGGGCGCUGCAUGUCGCGAAUGCCUCUCUCCUCCGUCUGCAUUUUCCAACGCAGAAACUUUGUAAAUAAAAGUUUUGAAAUGAGUAACCGGUUUUAGGAAAAAAACACA